GAGGAAGUUUGCCGCUCGGCGGCUUCCGUCCGUGGCGCAGGGCCGUGUCCCACCGCGCCCGCCGUAGGCAGACAUGGCGGAGUACUCCUGCGUCAAGUCCACCAAGCUCGUUCUCAAAGGGACGAAGGAGAAGAGCAAGAAAAAGCACAAGAACAAGAAAAGGAAAAGGGAUGAGGAUGCAGAAGAACAACUUGAUAUCGUUGGAAACUGGUGGGCUGUCAGUAAUUUCGGUGAAAUUACAGGAACUAUAGCUAUAGAAAUGGAUAAAGGAGCUUACAUCCAUGCCCUUGAUAAUGGCUUGUUUACGCUUGGAGCACCACACAAAGAUGAUGAAGGCCCUAGUCCUCCUGAACAGUUUACAGCAGUGAAGUUGUCUGAUACAAGGAUUGCUCUGAAGUCUGGCUAUGGGAAAUACCUGGGUAUAAAUUCAGAUGGACUUGUUGUCGGGCGUUCAGAUGCUAUAGGAUCAAGAGAGCAAUGGGAACCUGUCUUCCAAGAUAAAAAAAUGGCAUUACUGGCAGCAAACAGUCGUUUCAUUAGGUGUAAUGAAGAUGGAGACAUAGAAGCCAAAAGCAAAACUGCAGGGGAAGAAGAAAUGAUAAAGAUUCGAACUUGUGCUGAAAGAGAAACUAAGAAGAAAGAUGAUGUUCCACAGGAAGACAAAGGAAAUGUUAAACAGUGUGAAAUCAACUAUGUAAAGAAAUUCCAAAGUUUCCAAGACAAAAAGCUGAAAGUAAGCAAAGAAGAUACAAAAGCCCUCCGAAAAGCCAGGAAAGAAGGCACUUUUCAUGAAGCACUGCUUGACAGGCGAGCAAAAGUGAAAGCAGACAGAUACUGCAAGUGAGAGCCAGCUCGUCCAUUUUCUUCUGUGUCUUUGAUUAUAUGAUCAGACUGAGAACACAAGUAAAGUCUUUUAUAAUUGUUUUUACAAAAGCUGUUUUGCUGAUGUUUUUAUUAUGUUAUUUUUAAAGGACUGCCUAAGAGCUGUAAAUAAGCAUUCUCAAAACUAUUCUGAAAUUUCAAUAACUAUUACUAUUAAUAUUAUGCUACAACUACAUGCUAUUGAAACAGUAAGAUAAUUACUUAAUGGAAGACAAGUUAUUUGAUCCACUGAUCUCCCAAGGUUGAUGAAAGAAACCUGAGUUCAGAGACUGAUAAAGGGUAGAUGAGAACAGCAAAGUUGUCAACAAUAAAAUAUUGUUAAUGGAUUGAACUGUCAAUAAAUAGGUAAAUGCCUCGAACAAGCAAGAGGAAAUAAAUAGAAUACAUCAUACCAGUUACUGAGUAGAACAUCUGUGGAACCAUCCAAUGCAGUGUGAGGUAGGGACCAGAGUGUUCAGAAUUCAUAAAGCAGUGUUUGAAACAGACCUGUUGUUCAGAUUGAUAAAUUACAAAUUCCAGGUGCUGGUGAAAGUCUGGACAAGUCAACCUUAAAACAAAUGGAAAUGCAAUUGUCUUGUAAGAAAAGGGACUGACUGUCUUGAUAGCAGGCUCCUCAUUUAACAAGAGGAGAAGGAUAACUUCAGUCAAACUUGCUAGUUUCUUUAGGGCAUAGACUUUAAAUAAUCUUUAAUAAAACAGCAGUGCUUUUCGUAAGGUCAUAGUAUAAUGUGUAUUCCUGGUAUCUUGUAUAAAAUGUGUUUUCCUGUGUCUGUUCUGAUUACCAAGAGGUUUCUCAAUAAAAACAUCUCUUUAGGAACUACCUCA